AUGUUUGGGAAGCCUCGUAGGACCCGGGUUAUUAUUCAAGCGCACCACAACACUAGCUUAAUCUCCUUGUAUGCUCCUCCCACUACUGUAAGGCGGCCAGUGUUCCUUGCCUCCAGCCCUGACCUGACUCUGGUCCUGGAGGAGGAUGGGACUGGGGUUGAAUGUGAGGCCUUCUUCCAGCCUCUCCACAGCCAUAAGGCCCUCAUGGUGCUGGAGAGGGGGCAGAUGUGGACAGAAAGCAAGCUACGACAAUAUCUGCCCUAUACCUCCCAGAAGCCUCAGGGGAGUGGGAUCGCCAACCUGACCUUUGACCUAUUCAAACUGCACCGUAAAGAGUUCCUGGGCUGCCUGUCGAUCCGAGCCACCUUGUAUGAGAUGUACACGUUCUCCUAUGACCUGGGAUACACCAGAGCCAAGGGGUCCAUGCGUCUCCUGACCCACUCCGCCAGAUGGGCAGGUCAGCUGCUGCUGUACGGCGCGUCGUCAGCACUAAGCGCCAUCGGAAAGGACGACGACUAUUACUGCUUUGACGGUGGCCGCAACAUCCUGUGCAUACACUCGCGGCGCCCAGGCCCAGCACAAAUGUUUAGGCCCCGCCCAUGUAUCAUGUGUCCCGAACGCUCCGCUCUGUUGGGGUGGGAGCGGCUCGAACUGUGGUUGAUGCCUUGAUUCAUAUUCUGGUCGCAGAGUGCUGCAAUGAUUUGGUUUCAGGGCUGGGUCACAGCAACCCAGCCCUCGGGUCAGCCCCUGGCGUAAGGGUGAGAUAAGGGUGAGAUAAGGGAGUCUAUAUGUAAAUUAGUCAUCAUCAAUCAUUUUUGUUUAAUUUUAAAAUGGUACAUUUGCAUUUGUUUCAUUAGUAACCUAAACGGGUUGCAUCUUGUUCUAACGGCCUUGUGAUAUUCUAAGCAAACUGGUUGCUGAGGGGGAAAUGCCAGACAUUUAACGUGUAUGAAUCAAUAAUUCCCAUCCCGGCAUCAUCUGAUGGUUUUAGAUGUUUUUUAAAUGUAAGUGAAAUAAAAGUGCUUAUUUCCACUCAUCUCAGGUGCUUUAUCCUCACUUUAAUUCACAAAUAAUUGAUAUGAUUAUAACCUUAUCAUAGGGUACUUGUUUUAGACUAUUGGUGUGUCUGCUUUGUACCAUGGGCGUAUAAUAGCAGGCACACCUGCGGGGAUAUGAGGUCAGUCGUCUGGGGACUUCCUCCAGCCCUGGUAUAUGCUUACAAAAACAUUCCUGUGACAACCAGACACAGAGCCCUGACAAAGAGUCACCCAUCCUGU